AUGAGAACUGUUCUGUGCAGCGGACCAUUCAUCCCUGAAAUUAAUGUAGGGUACAACGUGCAGGCGAAUGGGGUCAGCAUUAACUUCUUAAAAGACCCCUUUUGCUUCAGGGACAAGACGAUGAAAAUCGUAAAUUCUAAACGGAGUAAUAGGGGUUCCAAUGAAGGGGCACUUCCAAAUUAUGAAAAUGAAGAAACGGUGAACCCUGUUAUAACCGUGCAAGCGACUGAAUUGCAUGGAUGCGUUUAUCAGGGUGGACGAACAAUUGGGGAAACUGCGCGAUAUGAACAUGAGUUAACAUAUGAAGAUGGCUUGGUAUAUGAGGAUGGCUUAGAAUGCGAAGGUGGUUUGGCAUAUGCAGGUGGCUUACCACGCAAGAGCGCUCGUUUUCCGCAUAACAAAUCUACCAUCAACCCCAGCGAAGUGAAGAAUGUCUGUCUCCAUGACGACAAAAUGAAGUAUACUCUGAAAAGCGCAGAAGGGGAACGGAUCUUCGAAAUACCAAAGCUAGAUAUAAGAAAAAAAAAAUACACAGUUCAAACGAAUUAA